AUGGGCAUUGCUAGAGAGCCAGGGCCGCAUUAUGACCAAUGCUCUCAGCUCAGCGGUAGCGGCGUCUGCGCCUCCUGCCACGGGAGCGACGCCGGCGAUAUCGGCGGGAUCCAGCCCGACGUCUCUUCCGCACGCCACGGCGACGGGAGCGGCGGCGGCUGCGGCUGCGGCUGCGGCUCCUGCGAGAUCUCCGGCCGAGAGCUCAGCUCAGCGGUGUCUGCACCUCCUGCCACCCCGGUGGCUUCAGAGACGAGUCUGUCAUCUCCUUCGCACGCCUCGAUGACGGGAGUGGCAGCUCCGGCUGCAGCUGCGACCCCUGCGAGACCUGCACCGCCAAAUGAAGUGCGUGCAUUUAACUUCCCUUUGUCAAAAGCUGGCAAAGAUAAUCCUCGGAGAAGCUUUGACUGUGUCCAGCAAACAGGCUCAAGCUGUGGAGCCUUGCAACUCAAUGACCCAGGUUCUGUCCAGGAUAAAGUUACAGUAGGUGGAACAAGCAAUAAUGAUGAGAUGACCAGAGAGCACCCGACCCAGGCAGAAAAGGAGUCAUUCAAUCAAAGUACAAAGGUCAUUACACCUCAUGGACGACUUUUAGGAAGAAAAGCAGAGGUCCGAAGAGUCCCACAAAGCACUCCAGAUGUCGUGCCUGAGAGGAAGAGAACAAUACCCAUAAACCCUGAAUAUGUCCAUAGCAGUCGUUGCAGUGCUGUGUAUCGCAGACCAUUCAGGGACAGGGUGAUUCACUUGCUGGCUCUGAAGAAUUACAAGAAGCCAGAGUUAUUUGAUCGCUUGCAGAGAGAUGGAAUCAUGCAAAAGGACAGGGGUUCCCUUGGAAAGAUCCUUCAGCAGGUAGCCAACCUGAAUGCAAAGGAUAAUUCCUUCUCUCUGAAGGAACAUUUAUUUAAAGAUGUUCAGAAAGAUUGGCCUGGCUACAGUGAGGUAGACAGACAGGUUUUGGAGACAGUACUUUCUAGAAAAUCAGCUUCCUCUCAGCAUGCCACCAGCACUAGCCAUCUGACCCCUCGAGGACCAGAUGCUCCAUCAAGAACUUCUGAGAAACGGCGUCUGGAUUCCAAUUUCACCUGCCCUGUCAUGAGCAAAAAGCAGAGGAUUGGUCGCCUGGCCAGUCGAGUCCAGCCAGCAGCCAGUGACCUCUGCGCUGCUUCCUCAACACUGCCUCCCACAGUCCUUCCGACUUCUAACACAUCUGAAACUGUCAGCUCCACUUUCCCCUGCACCUCCGAGGUGCAACAAGAGGAUAUGUCUCAGAUUCCUGUUGGAACCCCAGUGCAUGCUGAGUCAGUGGUUAAAGAAACUUUCCCUGCCUCCACAGACCCUGUGUCCUCAAGCGAACAACCAGACUACUUCACAAAAUACGUAGCUAUAGUGUCCUAUGAGCAACGCCAGAGCUACAAGGAUGACUUCAAUGCAGAGUAUGGUGAAUACCAGAAUUUGUUGUCUCAGAUAGACAACAUCACCAAGAAAUUCAAGAAUUUUAAUGAACAACUGAAGUGUGUGACUCAGGGGUCCACAGCAUAUCAGAUGCUUUGUCAUCAAGUUCUGGCAGAGUAUCAGAAGGUACAACAGUGUAGCCCCAGCUACUCUGAACUGAAGGAGAGAUAUCAGUACCUGCACAAUAAGCUGUCUCACAUUAAGAGACUACUAAUACAAGAAUUUGACGAACAGCAGGAGGCGUCCUAG